ACGAACACUAUCGUUACUUUCUUUUGGUUCAACAGUAGCGAACACACGGUAGACAUACCUGUACGCGCUACGUCCGCCCCAUACGGGGAGGGGUUUUGAAUGCUUUUGUGUGACUGUCAAGAGUCGACUGUAAUUUGAAAUCGAGGAAAUAAGACGUCGGACUGAAGAGCAAACGGUCCGUACCCAUAAUUUACCGACUCCGGUCUGUUUUGCGGUCUAUUCUUAUUCGAUUUUGCCCCCUGAGAAAUCGGUCAAGGAAUAUUCAGUGCGUUCUGGUGUGGUAGUGGGGAUUUCAUGUCCACCCCGUUUUUUUAGAAUGGCGAGAGACUACGCUAAACAUUGCCCCGUAUCACCAAUGAAAAACUGUUUAUUGGUGACCGCAGUGGUCCUUCUGAUUAUUCAAGCAGCUUCGUGUCAGCGGGUGAGGGUGGAGACGGAGGUGGAGGCGUACCCCACCGAGUCGGUCGACCUUCGCUGUCAGUUUGUCGACGGAGGAAACACCAAGCUCACACAGGUGUCGUGGAUAUGGGAGCCCACAGAAGGCCAGAGGGACAACAUUGCCGUCUUUCACCCCACAUACGGCGAGAGCUUCCCCGAAUCUCCCUUCACUGGACGUGUCCGCUUCAUCCAUGGCACGUUGACAAACCCCUCCAUUACCAUCACCAGCCUCAAGAUGGCCGACGCCGGGCGGUACACCUGCGAGUACGCCACCUACCCCAGCGGCAAUGAGCAAGGCACCACCAAUCUGGUCAUGCUUGCUAAACCCAAGAAUUCUGCAUCUCCCGUUAUCGUCCAAGCCAUCACCAGCGGCAAACCAGUGGUCGUGGCCCAGUGUGAGGCGGCUGACGGCAAGCCAGCGGCCACCAUCAACUGGAUGGGAGCGGUCGGUGGCACUGAAAACACCACCUCCAAAAAAGGGCCGGACGGCACGGUGACGGUGAGGAGCGAGUACCUCCUGGUGCCCACGCCCGAGGACAACGGCAAAGAGGUCACCUGCAUAAUCAGCCAGCGCACCCAGGACAAGCCCCAAACCUUCCCCAUGAAGCUGUCCGUCGAGUAUCCCCCGACUGUGUCCAUAGUGGGCUAUGAUAACAACUGGUACAUCGGCCGGACCGACGCUGUCCUGACCUGCCAGGCCACUGGCAACCCUGCCCCCACCACCGUCACUUGGACAGUCAUGUCAGGUUCGAUGCCUGACACGGUGCAGAUCAACGCCAACAAGCUGAUCGUGCGGAAGGUGGAUGAGGCUGUGAACACCACCUUUGUCUGCGAGGUGAAGAACCGGCUGGGAGUGAGCAAGCACCAGGUCACCACAGCAGUCAUCGAGGCCAUAGUGGACCCGUCCAACGCGGGCGUGUUGGCGGGGGCUAUCAUCGGCAGCCUGCUGGCUUUACUGCUGGUCAGCGCGCUGAUUGCUGUCCUGGUGACCCGCAGUCGCCGGCAACGGCGUGGUUACCCCAGCAACGGAGAGCCAGGCGCCUACGGGAACAAAGCCCGCCUCUUCGGUGGAGCUGGCAACAAGAAUGGAGGCACUGGGGCCAACAUCAACGGGCCCAUCUAUACGUACCGCGAGAGCGACCCUGGAGCGCUGGCUGAGAAGGUCAACGACUUCCACCACCACGGCCCGCCAGGCUCCACCCCCACCGCCCACGACAUCCUGCUGAGCAGCGAAAUGGAUGAGGCGGAGCGCAGGAAGUUCGACGCACUUGACGACAGCCUGGAGGUGGAAGAGGAGCGCUACGACAGCUUCAGCGUCGGCAUGGCGCCAGCCUAUCACAUCCACCGGCACGACGAGGAGAUGGGAGGGGACAGCAUGUACCUGGACGACGACAUGGAGUCACAGCGGGACGGGUCGGUCAUCUCCCGGACUGCCAUCUACGUCUAGAGAGGGACGGUCAACCAACAGGGUCCAGGAGGGAGAGCUGAGGAGAGUCCACCACCAACCUCCAACCGCCUCUCUCGAAUGAUACCACCAACAACCACCCCUUCCCCUGCAUACUAUAGAGACAUUCUACGCUUAUGAUACUUUUCUAAAACAAGGAGUUGAAACUGAUCUCUAACAAGCAGAAUGAUGACUUGAGUGCGCUGCUGAAUGACUAGACGUCUCUAAGUCAGUCAGUCUACCCAAAAAAAUAAACCAUGUAACUCAUCUUCAAUGCUGCUUACUGCUCCAUUUCAUUUCAGCUUAGCAAGUGAAACAUGAAGAAUGACCAUGUGACUGCAUUAGUAGCUAACUAAUCCACAGGACUGCAAACACUAAGACUUUUUCUUGGUAAGGAAACAUACCAUUCAAUGUCACCUUCAUGGUAAAACUUUAGACGAAUUCAUAGAUGGUCGCACUAGUUAUAUAACCACUGCUACUGCUUCAAGAUGUCGUCCAGUGGACCGCGGUGUGGAGGACAAGGAACAAAGCUGUAACUUGCUGUCUUAAUGUGCAUCAUCACAGGCAUUCAUACACAGUGUUAUGUAAUGGUCUUUGUAUUAUCAAGAUGUUUGGGCCUUAAGGCCUUGUUGAACCGCAUUUGGUUUUAAUGACUCAUAUAAUGACUAUUAGGCAGAGCUAGUCCUACCAACUUCAUUUUCAUGCACAUUUCCUUCUUUCUUUUGGUAUUGUGAUUCUUUUCUUUUACAUUUGGGAUGCCAGUGACAUGGUAGACCAAGCUGGGGGUGGGGUUCGGACGAGAGAUGUGGGCGACCAGAUCCGUUUGUUUUUCCACCUGUAUGUUGGCAGGGAUGUCACUGCUAGGCAGUGGUUCAGCUGGCACCGUCUGAGGUGGACUAGCCUACCACUCUGAGGGACCAACCAGCUCCAUGAACAAUCAGAGCCACGGACAGAUGAGACACUCACUGACAGAUCGACAGGCCACACCCAGCUCUAACUGGACCACCUCCUCUGCCUGUCAGUUUGACCAAUUAGAAAAGGAUGCAGACUCCAUUUCCCCGGCAAGUCGAUCAAUGCGGCGUCUUUUUAAUAGUAAAGAAAUGUUUUGCCGCCGACGCUCGAGGGAUCAGAGGCAGAGGCGGAAUAUUUCCCGCUCUGUUUUUACCAGAACAAGCUGUUCCUACCCCGCAUGUUUAAUUCAGGAGUAGAAGAAGCAUAAAAGUGUUGCGCAUUAUCUUGUGCAGAGGGAUAGAGAGAGGCUGAUUUCCGGCUGGUAUUGAGCACUUGUGCGAUUAAUCCAGUUAAGCCAAGCUGCACAUACGGCUGAAAUUGCGAAAUUUUGCUCCCGAAUACAGUAGGAGUUAUGAGGUGGUAUGAGGUAGACCGUCUACGAUCAAUUAUCUUCUUAGACUUAGAAAUAUUCUAUUUUUUUAGCAGGGCAAAAUACUUAGUAGAGGUUUUUUUUAGCUGUAUGUUAAUGGACAAAUCUCUUCUGGCCUUCUAAGGGGGCAGUAACACAUUAAAUAUGCCUGUGACUGUGUGUGGGGAUAUUUCUGACCAAGGCCCAUUAGUUCUAAGCCUGGCCAGCAUAUGUGUUUUCGAGUUCUGAGUGGACCGAAUUUGACUAGCUGCCAGACCUGGAAUGAGGUUAAGGAGCUAACCCCACCCGCAGUAUGUUCCACUGUCGGAUUAGCGGCGUUCACUUUAAAGUAGCGGUCGUGUGUGGGUGUGCUGACGAGUGUGUGUAUUGUGCAAGGGUGUGUGUAGCGUGAUUGUACAGAUUUGUGUCGGCGAGUGGAUUUUGAGUUGUGUAUCCCACACGCUGAUUCACCGCGCAAUAGCCCAAUAUUAUGCAGGAGUUGUUUUGCAUAAUUUCAUACAUAUGGAUUGCUAAACCUAUCAUGAUUUUAUCUCUGAGUCAUUCAUCACUCAUUUCAUGCACAGUAACCUCACUGAUGAAGUGGUUGGGUGACGGUGAUAGGAAAUUGCUUAGCAUGAGGACCCGCAUGGAUAUGAAUAUUUCACUGGCGGAGCCGGAAUGGCUGAAAGGGACCUUUGGAGUGGUCUCCUGUGCCACCCCGGCCAGAUGAAGUCUUGAUUGGGUAUUGGUAUGUCUUGAUUGGGUAUUGGUAUGUCUUGAUUGGGUAUUGGUAUCCGGGCCGUUUCUCUGUAGAUAUUAUGCCCCACUCCCCCUCCUUUGCCGUUUCUUAUCACAGAUUCAUAUCACAUUAUCAGAUCAUCACCACUGUGUUCAAAUUAACUGUUUUCCUUAUGAUGUUUCGUGCGAAUGGGUAUACAAAAAAAGACGAAGAAAAAUAAGUGUUUUUAUGUGAAGUGUUGAUUGUGUAUAUCUUGAUGUAAGAUAUCCAUUUAAUGAAAUAAGUGUGUAUUUAUCUUCAAGACUUCCUAUAAGAAAUGUUAUUUGUAAGUGCUGUGUAGAUGAUGGUAAAUUGGUCCAGUAUCACAGACUACUAUCAUGGGAGUUGGUUGGAAAAUAACCAAUGACUACAAAUGACCUUACUGUAAUUACAUGUGUCAAGACAUGUAUCUUGUAGCCUACUGGUACAUUAUAUUAUCAAGGGCCUUGAACUCCAAGCUGCUCUGACCAUCUUCUCCACACAAACACUCUCUCUCUCUCUCUCUUCCACAGAUACAUUCUCACGAGAGCAUAUAAUCACACACCCUCUGAAGAUUUGUUUUACCCGUAGAAUGCACACACCCAAAAACAUCUUUCCCCGACCUAUCACACCUUGAGUUCAAUGCCUCCCAUUAGCAGGGGCAAGAUUGUUCCUCUUUGGGCUCCAUCAUUCUCCAUCUUACUAAGAUUAAAAGAGAGAACAUCUUUCUCUACAGAGGCUUAAAACCUUUGAUUCCCCAUUUCCCUGUUUUAGAAGUAAACAAGCACCAAUUUCACAUUGAAUAAAAAAAGUAAUGUUUCUGGCAUGCAAUUACCCUUCCUGUCUAAGGGCAGUGGUGGUGGUUAUUUUAAAAAGCAUAAUGGGUCACGACAGCCUACAAUUCUUGUCCGACUCUAAUCUCAAGACAAACAAAUGAAGCCUUAAAUUCACAAUUCCACUACAUGCAGUAUUCCCUGUGUCCCUUGUGUACAUAGUAUAAAUAAAUAGAACAUACAUGCAACAAGCAUUACUAAUUUAUGUGGUCAUGUUAGUAGUGCAUCUGUUCUGCCCAGCUCCUGGCAUAAUAAGCUAUUCAUAUUUUCUGCUCAAUUCUACAGUGGGGUAUAUUGUUCUUGUGCACAAUAUUGACAGGAUGAUGACCUGGAGAAUAUGACUAAUAUUACAAUUCUUCUAUAUUCCCAGGUGUUUAUGUCUCUCACUACAAGCUGCUAGUAUAGCAAUGUCCUCUGUAUCACCGUCCGACAGUGUGGGUGUUUCGUUCCAGUUUGUCCUGUCACUUUAUUUUUGUAUUCUGGUGUUAUUAAAGUAUGAUGGAUUUCUAAA